UCAAUUUUGCAAGUGGUUCUGAUUUACUAUCGCUGUUCUAAAACUGCUUUUGACGUAAAGGGACGCUUUUUGGACACCAUGGACUUUUCUAAGUUUCCAGGCAGAAAGAACAGUCACAAUGCAGGCAGGGCACAGGACAAAGCAGUAGGGACAAAAUAUAUGUGAAAUGCAUGACAGCAAAAAUGACAUUUUUUAAAAAUUUCAAAUUUCCCGCCCGGCGGCGGCGCCCGUACGUCCCGACGUCACAGGGACAGGACACAGAAGCCGGAUGCCGGCAUCGGCCGAAGGAGAUGGCCGGGGACGCUGCAGGGGACACA